AAUACGGAUGCCCCUAUACAACAAGAACACCAUAGCUUACACGUGAGAGCAGUGCAUCAUUUCCCUAGUUUUAAUUGAAGAUAUCCACUCCACUACAAUCUAUCCUCUCAAAUUGUCAUACCAAUCUUCCUCCUCGCUAUUCUGUUACCAGAGACAUGUUGCUGGCCGUUGUUCGCACGUGUGGCGACUGUGUCCAUUAGCUUCUGAGCGUUCAUCACCAUCCUACCCACAGCUGCCUCCCUUGAUUUGUCAGCCAUGAUCAGCAGUUUCCGUGCAACGAGUAUGGUAGGACCCGCCCUGCAGGUGAUCCGCGGCCGUUGGUUCAUGGUCUUCGGGUCGUUCUUGAUAAUGUCAGGGGCAGGCGCCACCUACAUCUACGGCAUCUACUCCAGCGACAUAAAAUCAUCAAUGGCCUACAACCAGCAAACACUCAACACCCUCGGAUUCUUCAAAGACCUCGGCGCCAACGUCGGCAUCCUCUCCGGCCUAAUCAACGAGCUGAUCCCGCCAUGGGCGGUGCUCGCCAUCGGCGCUGCGAUGAACUUCACCGGCUACUUCAUGGUCUGGCUUGCCGUGACGGGCCGCAUUGCCCAUCCCAAAGUCUGGCAGAUGUGCCUCUACAUCUGCAUUGGCGCCAAUUCACAGACCUUCGCCAACACCGGCGCGCUUGUAACCUGCGUCAGGAACUUCCCAGAGAGCCGCGGCAUCAUGAUCGGUCUCCUCAAGGGCUACGUCGGUCUCAGUGGGGCCAUUUUCAACCAGCUCUAUCUAACAAUCUACGGCCAUGAUUCCAAGUCACUGAUCCUACUCAUUGCGUGGCUCCCGGCCGCACUCUCCAUCGUCUUUCUCGGCACAAUUCGGAUAAUAAAAUCUAUCCGGCAGCCAAACGAGCUCAAGAUAUUCUACUCUUUUCUCUACAUUGCACUAGCUCUAGCUGGAUAUCUCAUGCUUAUAAUCAUUAUUGAGAAGCAGGUAAGCUUCUCCGCUCCUGAAUAUGGCGGCAGUGCCGCUGUCGUUCUGUUCUUGCUCUUCCUCCCUCUUGUUAUCGUCGUGAGAGAAGAGCUUUCCAUACAGAAGCUCAAAAACCAAUCUACAAUAUCCGUCGAGACAAAGCAAGAACCAUCCGUAUCAGAAAUUUCAUUGCCCCCACCUCCAAUUCCUCCCUCUCCAAAACUACAGCCACCAACUAAGCAAACACGAAUUUCCCGCAUUACAGAUAUCUUUAAAUCGCCGAAAAGAGGCGAGGACUACACCAUCCUCCAGGCGCUCGUGAGCGUCGACAUGCUAAUCAUCUUCGUCGUGAUUGUAUGCGGCCUCGGCGGCACUCUAACAGCAGUCGACAACAUGGGUCAGAUCGGCGAGUCAUUGGGCUACCCGCAUCUGACGAUCGGCACCUUUGUAUCGCUGAUAAGCAUAUGGAACUUCGGCGGAAGGGUGGCGGCUGGAUUUGCAUCUGAAAUCCUUCUCUCUAAGCACGGGUUCCCUCGACCAUUGAUGCUCACGUUGGUUCUCCUCGUCUCUUGUGUGGGCCACAUCCUGAUAGCAUUUCCCACACCGGGUUCUCUUUAUGUAGCGUCGGUAAUUAUCGGAUUCUGCUUCGGAGCGCAGUGGCCGAUGAUCUACGCCAUCAUUUCUGAAAUUUUUGGGCUCAAGUACUAUGGGACGUUGUACAAUUUCGGUGCCCUUGCUAGCCCGGUUGGAUCGUAUAUACUCAACGUGAAGGUGGCGGGUCGGCUUUAUGAUCGGGAGGCGAUGAAGCAGCGAGCGGUUGUGGGUGGGGCCAUUACCGGCAAGUUGACUUGUAUUGGGCCGAAGUGUUAUAGAUUAUCGUUCAUCAUCAUUACGGCUGUGACAUUCAUUGGAUCGUUGGUUUCGCUUGUUCUUGUGAUCAGAACAAGGGAAUUCUAUAAGAGUGAUAUCUACUCGAGAUUCCGAGAGGUGGGCCAGAUGGGAACGGGUGAGAUGUGUGCCGGCCGAAAUGUAAAUGGUGGUGGAGAGAAGGAUGAGGAGAGAGCGUCUUCCAGAGCUAUGGAUGGCAACAAGCGGUAG